AUGGAUAGAGUGAAUUUCACCAUCAAUGGGAAACCAUUUAGCGCGGGCGCGGAGGUGUCAGUGGACACGACGCUGACCGAAUACAUCCGGCGCUGCGCGGACCUGCGCGGCACCAAGUACAUGUGCCUGGAGGGCGGCUGCGGCGCGUGCGUCGUCCACGUGCGCGCGCGCACUGCCACCGGCGAGCGACUCGCCUUCUCUGUCAACACGUGUCUUGUUGCUGUCCUGUCCUGCGAGGGCUGGGAUAUUACGACCAUAGAAGGAAUCGGAAACAGGCAGAAGGGCUACAACAUAAUACAAACUCGACUUAACAACUACUUUGGCUCGCAAUGUGGAUACUGUAGCCCUGGAUUCGUUAUGAGCAUGUACAGUCUAAUCCAAGGCAGUGAGCUUCAUUUAACUGAAGAACAGAUAGAGAAGUCGUUUGGCAGCAAUCUCUGCAGGUGCACCGGCUACCGGCCCAUCCUGGAGGCUUUCAAGUCGUUCGCGGUGGACCCUGACCCGAAAAUCCUCCAAAAAAUAAAGGACAUCGAAGAUAUUGACAACUUAGUUUGUCCAAAAUCGGGAGUUAAAUGCGGUGGAACUUGUGGCAACAACGAUCAAGACUGGUGUCUGGUCGAUGCACAUGUUAUGGAUAAAGAGGAGCCCGUGCCGAAGAAGAUAUCAUUGUCCGAUGGCAGGUUAUGGUUCAGAGUAAAUAACAUCAAAGCCAUAUUUGAAUCUCUUGAUCAAGUGAACGGCUAUAGCAACUACAUAUUCGUUGCUGGUAAUACGUCUAAAGGAGCAUACCCCAUCAAGUUUUACCCUAAAGUGCUAGUAGACAUAAGUGGUGUCGCCGAGUUACGCUCCCACUAUCUAGACGUCAACUUGGUUCUUGGAGCUAACACGACGAUUACUGACACAAUCAAUUUGUUUGAUGAACUAAGCAAAACCAAUGCCGACUUUUUGUACUUGCAAGUGUUGAGAAAACAUUUAGAGGAAGUUGCUCACAUACCUGUUCGGAAUGACCUGGUAAGAGUGAAUGAGAUUCGUGAUCUUGGAGUAGUCAUAGACGACAAGCUAUCAUCUAUCUUAGCUAAGUCUUUUAAACAACUGGGUAUGAUCCUGCGAAUUGGUAAACCUUUCACGAAUCUAUAA